AUGGCGGCACCAUUCGGUGGAAGCAUGGAUAUAUCCACUCCACGAUUGAGUCCGGGGCGCCGCUCGUCCACGAGCAGCUCCUCCGAUGUGUUCAUCGACGAUUACUUUGCGCUGCCCGGAAGUGACGAUGAUAUGGAUAUGGCACCAAAAAGCAGGGAUGUAUUUGCACGCAGUGCGACCUACGGAGAUCUCCCGCACGAAAUUUUGCUGCAAAUUUUCCACUACGUGCACACGUCGCAGCAGGACCUGCAGUCGUGCCUGCUCGUAUGCAAGCAGUGGUGUGCAUGCGGUGUCCAGUUGCUGUGGUACCGGCCCGCCUUUCACAAAAUAAGCUCGUUGUUUAAACUGAUUCAUAUCAUGAUCCAGCCGGACACGAUGUUUCCCUAUGCGACCUACAUCCGCCGCCUUAAUUUCAGUUUGCUCGCGGGCGCGCUCGACGAUCAGCUGCUGGGGAGGAUGGAGAUGUGCCACCGGGUCGAGCGUCUCACACUAGCGGGGUGUGUGCAAGUGACGGAUGCGACGCUUGCGCGCGUGCUGCAGAAUAUUCCCCAGCUCGUCGCGAUCGAUUUGAACGGCGUCGUACAGCUCACCGAUGCGACACUUUCGGUGCUCGCCGAGCGGUGUCCACGGCUCCAAGGCGCCAACUUGACGGGGUGCAGGCACGUCACCACGCAUGGGAUUGUCAAUAUGGCUCUGCAGUGCCGUGCAUUGCGCCGCAUCAAGGCGGGCCAUUGUCCGCUGGUGGACGGUUGGGCGUUUACCCAACUUUUGCGGCACUGCCCGAUUUUGCUCGAGGCUGAUUUUGUGCACUGCACACAGAUCGACGACGGUGCUGUGCGCGAAGUAUGGCUCUACCCGAAUCUCUUGCGCGAGAUCAAGCUUGCGUACAAUAACCGGCUUACCGACCACGCAUUUCCAACGCAUGCACUCGCACUGGACUUGGAGGAGCUGCGCAAUGAAGGCAAGGCGUCGACUCUGCUUCCUUUGCUGCAGGAUCCGAUCCAGUUCCAAGUCUGUGAGCACUUGCGUAUUCUUGAUCUUACGGGGAGUACACAGAUCACAGACGAGGCCGUGCGUGGGAUUGUAGCGCAUGCGCCAAAGCUGCGCAAUAUUUCGCUUGCAAAGUGCACGCGGCUCACAGACGAGAGUGUGUAUGCGAUCGCAAGGCUCGGACGCAAUAUUCACUACCUGCACCUUGCCCAUGUUGCCAAUUUGACCGACCGCGCGAUGCUGCAUUUAGCCGAGCACUGUACAAGGAUCCGGUACCUCGAUUUGGCAUGCUGUGUACUGUUGACCGAUGCGAGCGUCAUAAAACUUGCGGCAAACCUGCCCAAGCUACGGCGCAUCGGUCUCGUGCGUGUGCAAAACCUGACCGACCGCGGCGUGUACAGCUUGGUCGAGCGACACACCAACUUGGAGCGCAUUCACCUUUCCUACUGCGACAAAAUCAGCGUUCCGACUAUUUUUUGGCUUACACAGCGGCUUGGGCGCUUGACGCACCUGAGCCUUACGGGCGUGCCGGCAUUCCGUAACCGCGAGCUGCAGAGCAUGUGCCGCGCGCCGCCGGGUGAGUUUAGUGAGCACCAGCGCGCCUCAUUUUGUGUAUACAGCGGCCGUGGCGUCAACGAAUUGCGCCGCUUUCUCUUGCGUGUAUUUAUGGACGAGUCGCUUGCGGAGCAGUACGGGACCCUGGAUCCUGAUAUCCGGGCGGCAUUCCAGAGUAGCCUUGCGCGGUAUAUCGCGCAGCAAAAGGUCUAG